AUGAUUACGGAGGCCUACAAAGAGCACGCCCUAUCAAGAGCUCAAGUGUUCUGGUGGUUUAAUGAAUUUAAAAACGGGAGGGAAUCCGUUGAAGACAUGGAACGAUCUGGACGCCCUUCAACGAGUCGUGUGGAUGAAACGGUGGCCAAAGUGAAAGAACUCCUGGACUCCAACCGUCGUUUAAGCCUCAAAAUGAUCGCCGAUGAGGUCUCCGUGAAUAAAUUUACGGUUCGCCAAAUUGUUACGCAAGAUUUGAUGAUGAGGAAAGUUUGUGCAAAAUUGGUUCCCCGAGUGCUCCCCGCGAACAAAAGCCUCGUGACCUCUUAUUUGACCCGAAUUGGAGUUGAAGUUCUGCCACAGCCACCAUACAGCCCUGACAUGAGUCCUCCUGAUUCCUUCCUAUUUCCGAAGGCCUGA